AUGACGACGGUGACUGGAGAGUAUACUUCCAUCUCUACUCAGUUGUCUGCCAUCUCCAUCGCCACCAAGCACAACCAAGAUGGUGCCACCGCCCUCUCCUCGUCUUGGCCGUCCCCUUCCCUGGGGGAGAUCUCGGGGAAGAACAAUGGCGAAGGUCCGCAAGGGAUCGCUGCCGGGGAGGCCUCAUCGGCGGGAAAGUCUUGGAAGUGCCCCGCUAGGUGUCCCCCUGGGCACGGUGAGGUAGUCUUCAUGGAGGAACCCCGCUCCUCUUGGCCUGUUCCCUCGUGCGACGGCGCAAACAAGAAGAAGCAACCGCAGGGCCUUCGUCUGGUUUGGCUCUGCUCAUCAGCCCGCGUCUACGCUCUUUUCUUUCUAGGGUUUCGUUCAUUGCGGCUCGUAUUUUUUAUUUUCGUCGUGGUCAUUAUUUGUCGAAAAUUGUUUUAGGAGGCCGCUCUGGUCCGGACUCCUUCCGCGGAAGAGAUCACGGUGGCGGGAUCAUCUUCUUCGCCGGAAUCGGCAUUCAAUGGGGAUCAUGCUAUACGUUCCCUCGCGAUCAGCCUACCUGUUGAUCUUCAGGAAAAAGAGCACGAGUGCAAUGAGACAUCGGGGGAGGAACGGCGUGCCUCAGACUUGGCCGUGGUCUCUUCUCCGCGCGAGGACCUGCCUCUUCCCAUGACCAACAUUCCCAGAGCGGCCCAUCCUCCUCUUCUUCCUGCACCCCGGCAGCAUCGGGAGAGGCCUCCGACGCGGAAUGCUCGUAGGGGAAGGAAUCAUCAGCACUUCCUCCACCAUCCCAAUAAUAGUGGCUAUAAUAAUAACGAUAACAGCCGCAAUCACCAGCAGCAGCGACCUCGUCAUCCCUCCAAAACUCACUUUCCUUCCCACCAGCAGCCAAAUCAUGUCGUCAAUAGCAGCUUUUAUCAUCCCAUGGAACAAUCGAUGAUGGGCAUCCCCAGUCUUGCUCCAGAUUGGGUCUUCAAUACGGUGCCGAAUGCACAAUGGGGAACGAAUCCACUCCCCUCCACUUCAUACUACAUCAGUCCUGCCCCAUCUCCGGAGAGCAUGUUUCUUUAUGGGUAUCUUCCCGGACCGCACUACGCCGGUGAGACGGUUUCUGAUGUCUCUUUAGGAUCUUCGUUCUUCUGAUGGUUUCUGACUGGAUGUUGCAUUUGGUUGCAUUUUUCUUUGGUUGCAGAAGGGUUCCCGUAUUCUGCUCCUCCCUUUUCUCCCAUCAUGCCGCCACCUCCGGUUUGGAAUCAGCCAUAUUUCGUGAAUCCUCUUCAUCCUACCGGCAAGGCAGCAUUUCAGGACCAACCUCCUUAUCAACCUCUGCCUCCAGAUCUCUACCAUCCUCCCACCGACGUUACUGGGCAAGAGAUUCAGGGCGUUGAUGUCAGACUGCGCAAACAGAUUGAAUAUUACUUCAGGUGGUUUGCUCCUCAAAAUGGUUUUAUCUUUUGACGAGUUUAUGAAAUCAUAUUGCUAGUUUUAUCCCUUUGUUCUACGUUUUGGUUUGUACCUGCUGUGCAGUGACGAGAAUUUGAUGAAAGAUGGAUACUUAAAGAAAUGUAUGGACAGCCAUGGCUGGAUUAGUGUUGGCACCAUUGCGAAGUUUCCAAGGGUGAGCUAUUGCAUUGAACGAGAAUAUAAUAAUAUUUUUAUCUGCGAAAGGUUGUUUUUAUCAAUAGCAUCCAUUGUCUGGUGGACGGGUUGAAAUUUUUUGUUUUUGUGAGUUUCCAGGUAUUAAUUAACAGUAAAAGUCUGUGCCAUUCUUAUUAAGAUCAUUCUUAGCUUGCAGAGCGCAUUCAUUAAUAAACUGCUUUUUUUUUUUUUCGCCUGAUUGAUCUAUAAACUCUCCUUAAUUAGAGAGCCUGGGUUUCUUGGAUGAUAGAAAAAUGAUAUGCAUGGUGGGUACAUCUUGAUGUACUCCUUUGUAAAACAAGUGCAGAGAAGGACCAAAAAAGAGACAAAACUUUAUUGACCGCUUUGAGGGAAUCUACUUUUGUCUAUCAGGAAACCUCUGUGAGCUAUAUAUCACAGGAAGAUUGUGUUGUGUUAUAACUUUGAUUUCAGAUUACGACGACAGAUUGCCGGUGCUGUUUUAUCACCUUCGUUAUGUAUAUUAGGAGUGACCGUUCUGUGAUGAGGACGAAGAAUGGUAUGUAAUUUCCCCCCACCAUGACGGCGAAAUCCGAGGGAAGUGUUUGGAUUGUUUGAAAACUGUUAGUGUGGCGCCUUUCAUAGGCAAUAUAUUUCUGGGUCGCUGCGUGCAGUUGAGAAGUGCUCACUCUGUAUACUAAUUUGGUUGUUGAUUUUUUACACUAUAUUCAUUGAAAUGGGAAACAGAUACAAAUUGUGUUAUUUUUUCAUAUGAGAGUUAAGGAAGCCGUGGCCACCAUUCAUCAUUAAUUGUUUAUUGGUGAUGAUUUCAUAUUUUUUUGUAUGAGGAAAAGAAUUUUGUGCGCAUCAUCUUUCUCUCUCUCUCUCUCUCUCUCUCUCUAGAUGCUAAUGGUGAGAUGGCAACAAUUUUACAAGCCUUUGCGUUAUAUUUUAGGAACAAAUGAGUUCUGGCCCCCAUCCUACAUCCCCAUACGAUUUUCUUACACGGAGACUUCUCCUUUUGUUUAGGAAGUUAGAAACCUGUGCCGUGUCCGGAUGACUUGCCAAAUCCAUAUUUUCCUAAUUUUAUGUGAUUGGCACAUAUGAAUUUCAGAUUUUUCUUGAUAUGGUAAAAAGAUGUGUUCAGUCUGUACCCAAUCCAUUUGGAGACGCAGUCUUCCUGUUGAGUUGGCCAAUCAUUUCGUUGUAGAAACACGAAUUCUUCAAUUAUGUAAUGGCAAUAAUUUCCAAUUCGAGUCGUUAGUAGUUGGAACUCUCCUUAUUCUGGCUGCUGGAUUUAGUUUUGAUUAUUUUCUUCCGCCUGAAACCUAGAUGAUCUCCUCUCUGUACUCUGUCAGUCGAACAAAGUUCCUUCUUUAAUAUUUUAUUCGUUUCAUGUGUCUGUAUGUUCAUGGGAAAACAUAUGGGGAAUGGAAUAUUUCUCCUAAUCUAAUUACAUAUAUUCAUUGAACUCGAUGCCCAUCAUAUCCUCUUUUAACUUGUCUCCUGCAAAUGGGAUGCUUACUGUUCUUGCUUUGCGCCUCUUCUGUGAAUGAUUAUCAUCGUGUAUGCCCAAUCCAAUCCCUGGGUUGACUUUGCCCUCGUUGACUACCAUGCGAUCCUCAAAACCUUCUUACAGCGGUUAGAUGAUCUUCCUCCCUUGCAGGUUCAGAUUUUGACCGGAGAUGUGGAUCUUAUCAUGGAGGCCAUGCAGACCUCGGCCACCGUGGAAGUCUCUGUAAGGCUCCUCCCUGGCCACGACAUGAACAAGGAGAGCCCCCAUUUUCAUCCAGAAAGAUCUGAAUUCCCUGCCUGUGAUCUUCAGGCGAACAAGAUGAGGAGGAGGGGCGAGUGGAGCAAGUGGGUACUUCAGCAGGGGCCCACCCUCGGCGAUCAAUAGCGGCCACCAUGGUUUGACCUGAGGAGAGCCAACUGUCCUAUUCUUUUGAAUCCCAGCUGACUCUUAACUGUACAUAGAGACUAUCAGGGAGGGUGGGGAGGGUUGACUUUGGCUGGGACAAGGGGUCCCACCGGUCCUUAAAACUCAGCGUCUGUGAUGGUGGUGACUCUCAGAGCAAUGGCUCCUUCCUAGUCUCCUCUUCUCUUCUCCUGCCCCCUCCAUCUUUUGUCGAAUUUCUGUGGAAGAGGGGCAUACAAGCAAUUUGGAGGGCGUUAUGGCUAAGAUGGCGAUUGUUGUUCCCAUGUGGGACCCACAUGUAGAGUCAAUAGACCGGGCCCAUAAGGCAUAGUCAACACUAGCGACACGGGGGGUGGGAGGAGGAAAUGUCGGGCGGCCAUGCUCGGAGGGCUCUGUCAUGAGGCAUAAUGGGCCGGCCUAAUAUUACGUACAAAAUUUCUGACUGUUUAUUGGGUCUGUGAUCGCAAUGACGUCCUAUAAUCGGCCCAAUAAGCCAGACUCGAGUGUUACAGGACCGGGCGGUUCGUGGGAACCGGGGACUGGCCGGGUCUGGGCGUGCGUCACCAGCGAUGGGUUGACCGUACGGUCCGGUGCCUCGCGCCUCCACCACAAGCUCCGUUAUGCCGGUGUUCACCUCGUACUACAAGCCCCCUGUGAAAAAAUCGAAGGCAAAGCCAAACCCCCCUCGCCCCUACUCUCUCUCUCUCUCUCUCUCUUUCUCUCUCUAUCUGUCUCGCUCUGUGUAGACCAAAAGGACCAAAAAUCUCCAACGAUGUCACCAGCAGCGCCCCCUUCUUUGGGCGCUGGAGGUAUGUACUAAAACCCGCUUGGCGAAAGCAUCUCCUCCUCUGCAGUCGUCAAUUUCGGCUGGUUUAUCUCUCCUAGGGUUUUUCAAUUCGUUUGUUGUUUUUGCUGAUAUUUUGGUUGCAUCCGGAUGUUUUGUAAUUUUUUCGUCCCCAAAUCGCAUCGCAACAAAAUGCUCGGGUGCCUUUUGGUCAGAUCCCCGCCUCAGGUGGAAGAAACGGAAGGGGGAGAGCAAUCUGGGGAGCAGCACCAAGAAGCAGAAGCAACCCCCGAUCACCAAACAGGACGAGGAGGAGGAUGAGGAUGAGGAGGAAACCGGCACGGCUAGUGCCACGCCGGCGGCGCCGGAGGAAGAAGACGAGGACCAGGAUCUGGUUACCAAUCCCAAUGCCGAGACGGUCCUGGAUCUCCGCGAGGGCGAGGUCGUUGCGGAGAGGGGACGACGUAUCUCUGACUUCCCUUUGGUUGUCCGACACUUGGUUAAUCGUCCCCAUCCUACCGUCCUCGCAAUUGUCUCCGCUGAGCGGUCAGUUGCCUCUGGUAACGCCUACUCGGGACUCCCUAUCCAACUCGAGAAUAUCUCGCACGGCCAGCUUCAGGUUCUUUCGGCGAUCCUUCCCGACCACCCCUCUCUUGCAUUAGUGGAACCGGAUAAGCCGCCUGCAUACGUGUGUACUCCCCCGGCUCUGAUGGAGGGAAAGGGGAUAUCGAAGCAAUUCGGAAAUGAGUGUCUCCUUGUGCCUGUGCACUCUGGUAAGUCAAUCAUUUUUUCUCUUUUUUUAAUGUUUUUUAUCGAUGUUUCCUGAUCUCCUUGUUCUUUGUUGCCACUGCGUGCAGAUUGGUUCAAUCCGUCCACAGUGCACAGGAUGGAGCGGCAGGUAGUGCCACAUUUCUUUUCUGGGAAAUCUAAUGAUCAUACCCCGGAAAGGUAUAUGCUUCUCCGAAACAAGAUAGUGGCCAAGUACUUGGAAAAUCCAGCGAGGAAGUUGUCGCUAGCAGAUUGUCAGGGUCUAGCUCCCAGCAAUGGAAGUGAUCUAUAUGACCUAAGCCGUAUAGUAAGGUUCCUGGACCAUUGGGGAAUCAUCAAUUACUUGGCUUUGUUGGGUCGUCGUGAGCCUAAGACUGGUGAUGCUGUUCUCCGGGAGGAAAACGACGGGGAGCUCCUUGUGCAUGUAGCUGCACUGAAAUCUAUUGAUAGCUUGGUGCAGUUUGAUAGGCCGAGGAGCAGUUACAGACCAGAAGAUCUUACUGUUCUCUCUUCUUCCUCGGGUCUGGGGGGCUCCAGUGGUGAAAGUCAUGAUUUAGAUCACCAGAUAAGGGAAAGACUUUCAGAACAUGGUUGUAACUACUGUUCACGCCCUUUGACGCAGAUACAUUAUCAGUCUCAGAAAGAGGUAUUUCCCUCUUCGACCACUCCUAGUUUAUAAUUUCGUUUUCGUGUUAGAACUAUAAUAGUUUGACAUUCCCAUUUUGAUGGUGGGGUCAGGGGAAGGGUAAACUAUAGACGUAGAGGACUGAUGCAAGGAGAGUGAAGAAAUAUGGGGACAAAGGCAGAUUGAGAUAGAUGAACUGGGAUAAAGGAGAGACCAAUUGACAUGAAGUUGCAGCAGAUGAAUAUCUCUGGGAUAGAGAGGGCGAAGCAAGGAAGGGGAACAGAAUGGUGCUUACCGACGAGAAUGACAAACUUCCACUUAGAGUUGGAUGCUUGCUUAAUAUAGGCAAUUAGUUAGGCAGUAGCGCAAGGGGUUAGGGCUUAAGAGAGUGGGAAGUUGUGUUCAGCGAAAGAUUGUAGCAAAUGGUGAGACAUGCAAGAAAUUAUGCCUUGAAGUUCAGGAAAUAAGAAUGGAUGUGCGGAACCUAAUGGCGGGAGAGGUGAGGGGAGCUUGGUCUCUGGAAUUGGCUUCACGAAACGGCCUAAACAUUGAUAGAUUGGAUAUUCUGUUGGCUGGGAUUUUCGUGGCAUAUGGCCCAAAGUUAUUAUAUCUUUUAGUGUAUUUGUCUACAGUCUAUUCCAAAGUGUGGGUGGCCAUAAGCUUACCUUUAGGCUGGAAGGGAGAUGGGAUACCAAGAUGGGACAUCAGUGAAGUGUCUCAGCCUCUUGUUUUAAAGGGUGCUUCUUCCUAGUUUACUAUUUGAAUAAAACGGAUAAUAUGUUGUCACGUGGAUUCCGGUAAUUCUUCCGCAUCACUUCAUUUAAAGAAUAGUUAUUUUAUUUUUCUGGCCAGAAAGAGAUCAAUAUUUGAUUUUUAUGGUGGAAAUUCAAGUUGAAUGCAUUCCUGAAGUCGCAGGAAAGUGGAAAAAUCGAUAGGCCUUAUAAUGUUUCAGGUAUUUGUAGUGAUCAACGCUGAAGGUUCUGUUCUCCAAUUAUAUGGUCUUGUUUGGUUUUUAGUAUGUAUGAUAAGAUAUGCCACAUUGUGGUCCAGUUUUCAAGGUGUUCUGUGACUUAUUAUGAAAGUAAUUUAUUCUCUAAGAUUUAAUGGUGCUCUGAGCCAUUUUCAGAAAUAUUUUCUUUCCUUUACGCAUCAUAAAUGAAGCAAGCUUGUGAUGUCAUUGACACAUUGUCGAAAUCAUUCUAGGCUCGUUAGGUUGUUUCAAAGAGCCUUGAAUUUUGCUACAUCCUACUCUCUGUUCACAUUAGUAUUCUUGGCCACAAAAAAAUACAUUUAAGUGAUCAUUGGAGUUGAAUAGAAUCCUUUGGGUGCUCAAUCCUUGAAUAAUCUGUCUUCAUUUGCGUCAGAGCCUGUGAAGUUUAAGGUCACUCUUCUUUUUCCCCUAUGAAAAAGUGUGUAUGCUCUCUGACUAUACCGAUUGUCAGCGAUCACACCUUUUAUUUUCAAUCAUUGUUGGUCCCUUGUCUUAGCCAACUGAGGUUGGGGAUGAGAACUUGAUUUUGGUCUUCUUUUAGAGAGUUAGCAACGAUUGAACAAAAAUCACUAGCAGUCACUUACAUCACCAUCUUGUUAGUGGUUAAACCUCCUGUACUCCAGUCUAUUGAGCUCUUCUUGGUUGCCAAUAACCCUACUACUAGACAUGAAGGUGCUAGCUCGCAUUUACAUGUGCGUCAUUUUACCUGAUAAACGUCAAACUUUGUAUCUCAGCUCGUGACAAGAAUGUUUGAGUUCCCUCGGACAUAAACUCCAGGUUUUCUUCACCAACUGCUUUAAAAAGAUUUCUGUGGAAGUCCACAAUAGAAGAGACUAUAAAUUAAAAAAAAAAAAAGAGUUUAACAGUUGUCUAGGAGCGCUAAAUUAUUUAACUCUUCCCUUGUAAUUAAUGCUUUCUGACAUUCUUGCUUAGGCAGUGAGCUUUAGGGUUUGGAUACUUGAUUUUUCAUAUAAUGGAAGGUGCAUGUUUAAAUCUUCUUUCCUUCCUCUUAAUUAUACUAAAUAAACACUGCUGAAUCCAUCUAAGACUCUCGUAUUGGGGUGAACCACCAUUGGAGUCUAGUCGUAGGAGGUACUUUUGAAGCUAAAAAUAAAUAAAUCUGAUUCUUAUUUUGGAUAUCGUUUCCUGUUUUGAGUAAUAAAUUCUGGGAUCACCAUCUCCUGAAAAUGACGUUUCCUCAUCUCAAAUUUCUACGUCAUUGUCAUUGUGCCCUUUUGCUGGGGAUGCAUUCAGAUGAUAUACACAAGGACUGAUAUUAAAUGGAGCAUUGCUUUCUGUAAUCUCUUGAGAUGCAGUAAUCAAAUUUAGUGAUGUUCAUUGUGCAUACUGAUCUGGAUACCCGAUCUGGAUGCUUUUAAACGGAAGGGUGUUAUGGUCUUUUCACCAUCAAUUAAGAAAACUCCAAAUAAUAGUCUCCCAAAAAGCUAAUACGCUGUUGAAGCAGAUAAUUAAUUUCUUGAUGAUUAUGCAGGGUAGGCAAGGUUGACAGGAUCAGUUUAUUGUGUCCAUUGUCUUCAGCAAACUAUAGAAUGGCGCCAUUAAUCGUGCAUAUCAAGGAACUUCUGACCUCAUUGAUCAACAAACUAACAAUGCAUCGUAGAGCUCAAUGAUGAUCCUUCUACGAAUGUAGAUAUUAUGGUGGAUGGUAGCUUCUCGGGGACACACUGGUUAACUCUAUUUCUAUUCCAUCUUGUUCGCAGGCCGAUUUAUCCCUUUGCUCUGAUUGCUUCCACGAAGGGAGAUUCAUUGUCGGCCACUCAAGUGCCAGCUUCUCUAGGGUCGAGUCCCUGAACCAGUCAUGUGACCUCAAUGGGGAUCACUGGUCCGACCAAGAGACCCUCCUGCUGCUGGAAGCUCUCGAAGUCUUCAACGAUAACUGGAAUGAGAUUGCAGACCAUGUCGGCACAAAGUCAAAGGCACAGUGCAUACUGCACUUCCUGCGCCUUCCAAUGGAGGACGGUCUGCUGGAGAGCAUCCAUGUCCCAGGCACAAAUUCAUCGGACUCAGCCGAAGGCAUAAACAAGGAUGCAAAUGGUAAUCAUUCAUCUCAUUUUCUGGGUAAUUUUUAUCUGAUUUUUUUCUUCUUGGGUUCACCCAAAAUUCCCUGCCUGUUCCAGGUGUUUGUCUAGCAGAUGCUGGUGCCAGUGCUCGGCUGCCAUUUGGCGAUUCCGGGAACCCUCUUAUGUCUCUGGUAAAUGAUCACAGCUUCUUUGCUCCUUUCAUUGUUGAAAGAAUACUUACAUAAUUGAAGGUAAAUAAAGGCUCUCUGGAGAGUGAGCAAGCAUGCCUGGCCUUCAGCCUUGUGAUUUCCAAAAACUUUCCAAUUUUGAUGAACCUGAUUCAGAUAUCAUUGUUGAUCUGAAGGUCUCUGUGAUCAUGCGAGUUUAAUGAACUUUGUUGCACCCCAAUAAUCUUACCUGAUCAUUGUUUAAAUAAAACCAGUGUGUAGAUGAAGGUGAGGCGGAAUGGGAUUCAUUCAUAUGUUAAUGGGGGUUGUGUUCAAAAUGAUCCGAAGGUGUGAGAUCUGGGGAGCUUUGGUUUGCGGAGAGGAUUAAACGAGCUUGAAGAACAUGAUUGGGCCUGAAUAAUCUUCUCUGAUCAUCAGCUUUUCAACAAAAAAAUUUCCAUUUUGUCGAUUCUCCGCGCUGCGAUGGCAGCAGAUGGUGUGUUAUUUAACCAUAUUUGGUUCCUAACCUUUGGUUGAGGCGCUCCAGGUUGCCUUUCUGGCCGCAGCAGUGGGGCCGAGAGUCGGUGCAGCUUGCGCUGGUGCAGCAUUAUCUGUGUUGACCAAAGAGGAGACGAGGGCAGACAGGUGAUCAUCAUCUCUCAAUCGUGUAUGGCAGUAACUGAUUAAUUCUCUGAUCGAUGGGAAGAGAAGCUAACGGAUGAUUUGACGAAUUAAUGGCAGAUUCCACGCGGAGAACUCAAAUUCGGCGCAUCACAGAGGUUUGGUGACGAUCGUUUUUCGUGAUUGUCCGGGACUCUUUGUCGAUCUGUUUGUAAGAUGUUUCAGUGGACGAUCGGUUUCAGAGAACGCUGUGGGAGGAGGAGGUCAGGGUACAGAGGAUGGUGGAGCUUCCUCUGCUCUUUCUAUCGACAAGGUCAAAGCCGCUGCCAUGUCCGGUCUAUCUGCUGCGGCUACGAAGGCGAAGCUAUUCGCGGAUCAGGAGGAGAGGGAGAUCCAGAGAUUAGUCGCGGCGAUCGUUCACCACCAGGUCUGCGUUUCCGAACAUACUUCGUUUUCUCGGAAGUCUCUGGAUCCCUCUCGGCAGAUCGUUCACGCUCCCAUUCUGUGCAGUUGAAGAGGCUCGAGAUGAAGCUGAAGCAGUUCGCGGAGGUGGAGGCGCUGCUGAUGAAGGAGUGCGAGCAGGCGGAGAGGACGAAGCAGCGGUUCGCAGCGGAGCGCGUCAGGAUGUCGUCGGCGAGGUUCUCCCCGGCGGCGGCGGGCCACGCUGCUCCAGAUCCGGCGGCGGGGGCGCCGCCCGGCAACCCGAGCGCGCGCCAGCCGGUCAUCGCGCAGCCGGGCGUCUCCUUCUACGGCGGCAAUCCGGCGAGCCAUCCGCAGGUUCCGCCGUUCUUGCCGCGCCAGCACCCGGCAUUCCCCUUCGGGCCUCGCGUGCCGCUCUCUGCUAUCCACCCCUCGCCGUCCUCCUCGUCACCGUCGCCGGUGGUGGCGGCGAAUGCGAUGGCCAGCGGCUCCGGCACUGCCGGCGGCGCCCCCUCUAACCAUUACCCAUUGUUGAGACCCUUGCCGGGCAACAGCAACAGCACGAACAUAGGUUGA